CGGGUAUAGGGUGAUGGCCGGAGUGGGGUCCUGAGCUCGGGGGUCCCGCUGGGCAUGGGGCAGGGUCGUGGCGUGGGCUGCGGGUGAGGGUGCGGGGAGCACAGCGCGCCCCGACCCCUCCGUGGAGCUUUGUGGGGUGAGGGGUGCCCCAGGGGGAGGCCCACGGGUGGGCGUGGGGUGGUGGUGUCUUCACGCUUCGGGCCCAAGGUGGGUUGGCCAACCUGGCCUGAGAGGCCGUGCCCCAGGCAGAGCUUCAGGGGUUAAAUCGAGGCACCGUAAAAUGGGGAACGAGGGUAGGGAGUGAGGGAUCCUACUAAACGCCUCGUGGGCCCGAGCCAUGGAAAAAUGGAGCGAGGCACCGUGAGUCACGGCGGAGAGGAGCGGUGUCUCAAAGGGGAGUCAGACGGGGGGACAGAGCAGAGCCAGAGGGAGAGCGGCGAGGAGCACGGCGCUGUGGUGGGUCCUACCGAGGCAGGUGCCGGCCACGGGGAAGCACAAGCUCGUGGAGGCAGGUUUUUGGGUAAAGGACUGGCUGUUGCACCAGGACACACCUUGGGUAUCGCUCUGCCUAGCAGAGGACACGUCCUCAGAAGGACUCUGGCCUGCGGCGAUGGAGGGCGUCUCUUCUUCCCCAUCGCCCUUCCCGGGCACUUCCCCCACCGUGCCUCCUGGGAACGCCACUGCCCACGAUCACUACUCCGGCCUCCAGAAGAGCAUGCACGUCCUCUCCAUGGUGGUGUACAGCGUCGCCUGUUUGCUGGGGGUGACGGGCAACGGCCUCGUCAUCUGGAUUGCGGGCUUCAAGAUGAAGAAGACGGUGAACUCGGUGUGGUUCCUCAACCUGGCCAUCGCCGACUUCAUCUUCACCUUCUUCCUGCCCCUCAGCAUCGCCUACACCGCGCUGGGCUUCCACUGGCCCUUUGGGAAGCUCCUGUGCAAGCUGAACAGCACCAUCGCCUUCCUCAACAUGUUCGCCAGCGUCUUCCUCCUGACGGUCAUCAGCAUGGACCGCUGCGUGUCCGUGGCCUUUCCCGUGUGGUCGCACAACCGCAGGAGCCCGGAGCUGGCGGCCAGGAUUGCUCUGGGGACGUGGGUCCUGGCCCUCCUCCUCAGCUCCCCCUACCUCGUCUUCCGUGACACCGUGGUCAGCUCCAGGAACGUCACCAGCUGCUACAAUAAUUUCGCGCUGUCCGAUGACUACACGUCCGAGGCAACGCGGAGGCUGUGGAGGAUGCGGCACAAAGCGAUGAUCAUAACCCGAUUCCUCUGCGGCUUCCUCAUCCCCUUCACGGUGAUCCUCCUCUGCUACAGCAUCGUGGCCGUCAAGCUGAAAAGCAGGCAGUUAGCCAGCUCCGCCAAGCCGUACAGAAUUAUCAUUGCUGUCACGGCCUCGUUUUUCCUCUGUUAUUUCCCCUAUCACGUCUUCUCCUUGCUAGAAAUAUCCAAAAACUCUUCCAGCCACGAGAUGAAAAUGGCCCUUUACAUAGGGAUCCCCUUGGUUUCCAGCCUUGCCUUCUUCAACAGCUGCAUCAACCCCAUCCUGUACGUGUUUGUGGGGCCGGAUUUCAAGGAGAAGUUCCGCCAGUCCAUCCUGUCAACCUUCGAAGGGGCUUUCAGCGAGGACUCGGUCCUGGCCAGCCUGACCAGCAGGAGGAAGUCCAGGUCUGCUUCGGAAGCGGAGGUCCCGAGGGCCUGAGCGUGCUCUGCUUUGCCGGCACGGCUGGAGGGGCAGUUCCUUUCCCUUCUCUGCAGCUUCCCCUCCUUUCAGAGCUGUAAUUGCAGGACUGAGGCUGCGAAGGGCCAUGCACGCUCACAAGCUGAUCUGAUUUUUUUGGGGUCGUCUCAGUCCUACCAAGACUUAACCAGAAAACUGUCUGGAGCUGCAGCAGGGCAGAAAGUUGGAGUAGCAGCAUUUUCCUCCCCGUGCCCCUUCCUCGGCUGCCUGUUUCCAUGUACCCACCUUUUUGCUGGGUGUAAAGCCCCUCGGGCUGUGCCCUGCCUUGCUGGAAAACUGCUGCAGUUCCCGGCGUCCCUGGGGGCUGUGCUGGGGGGGCAACCACCGGGUGGGUGGUGCUGCCGGUCUGUCACAGCUCCUGGAUUUUCGCAGGCAACCCUUUAUAAAGCUCAGUGGGACUGUGACUGCUGACAGGGCUCCCUUUAUGUUCCUCUUUUCCCAGGGCUCCCAAGGAGGGAACUCUCCGGCGCCCUGCACGCCGUGAGAAACGGCCUCAGCCGAGCCCAGCCCAGGGUCACCUUGUACGUGCCCGAGGGAGGCAGACGGGGCCAAAUCCUGUCUGCUCCUCCGCUGGGCACACCUGCCUGCAGCGCACUCGUACAGGGCAGGCGAGCUGCUGGGAGAAUUUGUCCCUGCACUUGCCAGGCUUUCCUGGCAGCCGGUCUUUGCCAAGAUGCAAAAAUUCUGGGGUUCCACCAGGGGGCAAAAUCGGGUGCAGCUGUGUCGGUGUUGAGGCUGUCCAGAGAAGAGGAUGGAAGGGGAGAGAGCUGUUCCAUAAAUCCCUUAUAAUUAAAUCUGUAAAAAAAAAAAAAAAAAAAACAAGCAUCCUUUCCCAUGUAUCAUACCAGUCUGGUGCACGGGCUGCUAAAGCUUAAGUAAAAACUGAUUAAAUUAAAAAGAAGCAGCUUGGACAUGCAGUGGGAUCCAUCCAGAAGCACUCUCACAGACGCAUCUUUUAAAGAAACAGGGUUAAAUGAAAUAGUAACGUGUAUUUCUGUAGGAUCUGGACUAGCCAGUAAAAUAUUCAUCUUUUCUCUCUGCAGAUGUGUGGCAGGAUGAAUUAUAAGAUUGCGCUCCAGUUACUUGGGUUUGAUGUGCAGCCUAAAUAUUUCUGAGCAAUGCUUGUCUGUGUGUGUUUGACAUCCUUCU